AACCCUCUAGGACAAAUGGGAUCAGAAGGGAUGGAGAUGCGAAAACGACAGAUGUCUGCAGCCCUGGAGACACCAGGCGCUGCUCCUGGCCAGCACGCAGGGGGAAAUCGUGGAUCCAAUGCCUGCUGCUUCUGCUGGUGUUGCUGCUGUAGCUGCUCUUGUCUCACUGUCAGAAACCAAGAAGAUCAGAGACCCAGGAGACCUUCCCAUGAGCUCAGAACAGAAGGCCUCCCGAACUGUGAAGAAAGUGUGACCCCCACGCUGGAAGAAGUCAGCACCUGGGCCCAGUCCUUCGACAAGUUAAUGGUCACUCCAGCAGGACGAAAUACUUUCCGUGAAUUCCUCCGAACAGAAUUCAGUGAAGAAAAUAUGCUGUUUUGGAUGGCUUGUGAGGAAUUGAAAAAAGAAGCUAAUAAAAACAUGAUUGAAGAGAAAGCAAGGAUAAUAUAUGAAGACUAUAUUUCUAUUCUUUCUCCUAAAGAGGUCAGUUUAGACUCCAGAGUAAGAGAAGUCAUCAACAGAAACAUGUUGGAACCAUCCCAGCAUAUAUUUGAUGAUGCACAGCUUCAGAUAUACACUCUAAUGCACAGAGACUCAUACCCUCGGUUUAUGAACUCAAAUCUCUAUAAGGACUUGCUCCAGUCCUUAUCUGAGAAAUCAAUUGAAGCAUAA